AGAAAACUGAAAACGGAAUUAAUCAGUUAUUCUUUGAUUUUAACGUACAACUGGCAAAAUGAUGAGAAUUUGGUUCUGUCUAGCAAUUUUACCUUUGUCCUUAACAUUUAAAAUAGCUGAUGUUCAUAAUGAUUUUAAUUAUUAUCCGGAUGGCGAUGAAGAGAAAAUUUUCCAGGCAAUACAAAAAGUAGUGAAUGAAAGAAAUUCUCUACAAUCUCUUCUGUUUGGUAAUCUAGUAUCUGAUGAAAAGAAUUACUUUAGACUUAAAACUCAAAGGAAACAUACGAAUCCAUUAAUGGUAACCAAACGUGAGGAUGAUCCAAAUAUUCAAGCAAAAAUUCCCAGGAUAGGAAAGUGA